AUGCAAGAUCAAUAAUCCUAUCUCAGAAAUUUGAUAUUUGGUUCUAACUUUUAGAACAACUAAUGCUGUGGUAUUGUAGGAUAUAUUGGAAACUAAGCGAAAGCUGGUGAGGUCUGCAUACAAGGACUGCAGAUAUUGGAGUCUAGAGGCUACGACUCUUGUGGAAUAGUCUCCAUUGACUAGGAAGGCAACUUUGUCAGGACAAAAUUUGCAUCAUCCGAUAGAUUUGGAGGAGAUUGCAUCAAGCGCAUGGAACUAGAGGGCAAGGGCAAGCAUGAUCACUGCAUCGGCAUUGGCCACACCAGAUGGGCCACUCAUGGAGAUAAAACUGAUGUGAAUGCUCAUCCUCAUUAUGACCAAAAAGAAAGAAUUGCAUUGAUACAUAAUGGUCUAAUUGAGAACUACCAUCAUUUAAAAGAAGAGUUAAGGGACAAAUACGGUAUCAGGCCAGUUUCACAGACUGAUACUGAAAUCGUUGCUCUCUACAUUGGUAUAUUUUUGGACUAGGGCCAUGAGCUGUUUGAGGCUAUCACUAAGUGUGUUGAGAUAUUAGAAGGAGCUUACUCUUUCGUAUUAAUAUCUAUUCUUGAUCCUACUUCGAUGUAUAUCGUUAAGAACACUGGCACAAUGGUCAUCGGUGUUGCUAAGGAACUUCAUGCUGUUGAGGACGAGGAAGUUAAAACGCUAGACAUUGAUAGCAAUGAAAAAAAACAUGAGGGAAGAGACGAGCAUCUAUUCCAAAUAGUUGCUUCUGAUACAACUGUGUUCCAAGACUACACAAAGCACUAUUAUAACAUUGACGAUAAAGAGAUCAUAAAGAUAUCCAUUUAACAGCAAGUUGAAAGGCAUAAACUUAGAGAAAUUAAAGAAGAGUUAAUCAAAAUUAAGAAGCCACCUGGCAUAGAUCACUUUUAUGUCAUGGAGAUGCUUGACCAACCAAACGCUGUAUGUAAAGCACUCAAUUAUGGAGCUCGUUUUAUCUCAGGAGAACCCAUGGUAAAAUUAGGAGGAUUAGAAUAGCAUGAGGAAAAACUAGCCAGCGUUUAGAAUCUAAUUAUAGCUGCAUGUGGAACCUCUUUUUAUGCAGGACAAUAUGCUGAAUAUCUAAUGAGAGAGCUUAACAUCUUUUAGUAUGUCGAGGCUAAAAUUGCUUCUGAAAUCACUGACAUUGAUCUAAAUAUUAAAAAUGGUGGCUUCCUAUCGGUCUCAUAAUCCGGCGAGACUAUGGAUUUAUUGAUCCCCUUUAGGAGAGCAAAAGAAUUCGACCUUGCAAGGUUAAAUGUAGUCAACAAGGUUAUGUCGACUUUGGCUAGAGAAGAAAGCUGUGGUGUAUUCCUUAACUGCGGCAGAGAGCUAUCAGUCGCCUCAACUAAAGCCUUUAUUUCUUAGGCUACUGUUCUCACUCUUGUAUCUUUGUGGUUUGCUCAGAGGAAAAACUUUAAAGCAACGAAAAAGAUUCGUGCUGGCAUAAUCUCAGAAUUACGCUUCCUCUCCUCGAAUGUGCAGAAAGUUCUUGACGACUGCGUUAGCUUUUCAAAAUCAAUAGCACGCGAGAUUAAGGCUUUCAAGCACUUGUUUUUACUGGGUACUGGGCUCGGAGAAAUUGUAGCUAAAGAGGGAGCACUUAAAAUUAAAGAACUUACUUAUAAUCACUGCCAGUGUCUUAACAUUAAUAACAUUAGUAACCACUUUUACAAUUAUUUAAAAAAGAACGAAAACACCCCAGUUGUAUUCGUUGUACUCAGUGACAAGUAUGCGGAUGAAAUGAUCGAUGCUAUGCUCAAGCUUGCUGAAAGAGCUCGCAUGACUCCUAUUGUCAUCUGUGAUAUUUAAGAUAAAUAAAGGAGGGACAUUCUUGAGAACUUUUGUUAAAAGAGAAUCUUUUACGUUCCUAACUCAGGGUAUAUGUCUGCUUUGCUGUGCGUGAUGCCUCUUUAGAGACUUGCCUAUGACUUGACAAUUGAACUUGGCUUUGACCCAGACAGACCAAGAAAUCUCGCAAAGGAACUCACCACUAAAUGA